AUGGCUUCUGUUUCUGCUAAUGACCUUGUGGUCCAUAAAUGGUCUACAAUUGUGUCCUGGGUGCUCGCUGCGUUCGUCAGUAUUCGUUACUUCGUGGGACGUUCUCCCUCUGACUCCAAUAACCCUUACCAUGUUGCCGACACUCCGUUCUCUGGUAACAUUAUAGUCACUUUAGUGUACUGGCUUGUGUUGUUCUUUUUGCAGAUUUCGUUUGUGGUGCAAAUCUUUGUGCCUUCAGUGGAGUCUGCCAAUUCCUUGACUGCCUCAAGAACUGCCAUCACCAAGCAGAUUGGUUGGCACUUUACUGGCUUCAACUUGGGUGUUUUCGUAUGGACCUUGCUUUUUGUCAACAGACACUUUUUCUGGUCCGAGCUUGUGCUCUUGGCUAACUUUGCCAACAUCACCUACUUGUACUUUGCCCACAAGACAUACAAAAUCAGACCAUUGUCUACAUGGGUCUUGAUCCACUGGCCCACAGUUGCAUUGCCUUGGUCAUGGUUGAUGUUUGCCGUGUUCUGGAAUGGUGCUGUUUUGUUCCAUGUGCAUAAGUUCGUUGGUAGAAUUAUUGCCAAUAUUCUUAUUUGGUUGUUCUUGUUCGUGCCAACCUUCUUCAUUGUUGCCUUUAACGAUUAUGCAAUUGGCUUGAGUUCGAGUGCUUUGAUGUUCGGUUUGGGCUUGAACCAAAUCCUUACCAAGACCUUUGCAUUGCAAUGGAUCUUCGCUUUUAUCAUUGCCGGUCUUCUUCUCAUCUUGAGUUUUGUCGCCGGUGUUACUGGUAAGAUCACCAAGGAGCCAACCUCCGAGGAAGGCGCUCCUUUGUUGGACGGUAACUAA